UCUGGACCCACUUUUCUGACGGAUCAAUCUUGGACCAUUAGUAUUGUUUUCGUUUUCCCAGAACUUUACAACAUCAUGGCAGGACUCGAGCUGUUGUAUACUUCCGUGGCUAGUUCUAUAACGUCUCCUCAAGAUGCGGUUGUUUGUUUUAUUCACUGGGAAAUUGUGAAGAGUGGAUAUAAAUGUUUAGGAGCCGGAGAUGAGCCUCUAAAUGGAGAGAAGAAAUCAGAGUUGCUUCCUGCAUCCUGGAACACAAACAAGGAGCUGUACACGCUGAGAUACAGAUCAAAUGAUGACAAGUCCAACCUGCUCCUGAAAGCCAUCACAGUUGAUUCCAGCUUGAUUUUCAACUUAAUGGAUUCAGCUACAGACAGAGUCACAGACUUGACUGUGAAUGUUAAUGAUAAUGUAAAUGAAGCAAACCUACAGUCAUUUGAAAGUGUGUACAAGAACACAGAAGAUUUGGCUAAGAAGGUGAAGUCAUCAUUGCUACCUGCAGUGAAAGAAAAGGGAAGUGUGAGGAAAGAAAGGAGAGAGAGAUUCACAGACACACAGGCCCAACCAGACCAUACGCCCCUGUGCAUACCUACUAGAGGUCCCCCUGCUUCAUAUCCCCCAAACUGGAUGGGCCCACAGAAUCCAUUUGCUGCAGGGCGAGCUGACCUUGAUCCCUUUAGUGGGACAUCAGAGGGCAUGAUUGUGGAUCCAUUACGAGUAGGCUUCCCUCGUUCUGGGUUUGACCCUUCAAGUGGCAUACCUGGAGUCCUUCCUCCAGGUGCUGUGCCCCCUGGUGCCCGUUUUGACCCUUUUGGACCAGUUGGCGCAGGCAGAGCUGGGCCAGACCCGGAUCACCUACCCAAGCCAGGUUCUGAUGACAUGUUCAUGUAGAAGAUUUAUAAUUCACAUCCUGGUUCUCUUGGAAGACUUCCUGUUCCAUUUUUGUACUACAUACAUAGUACACACAUAGGUUUUGCUGGUUUGAUCCUGUUUUCAAGCGAUGUUCUCCACAGAGGCAAUUAACUUUUGUUAAAUAAAAUGUGAGAUUGAUCCCUACACAACUGGAAAGUUAAUGACAAAGUUAAUGCCUUCCUUUUUAAGUAAGUUAUAUUUUUAAGUAAACUAUAUUGAGACACUGGACUCAGUGCUAUCUAAAAUUAUUGAUACUGACAUUUGUCAGUUAGUUAUGGAGUGGGCAUCAGCAGAUGUAAUGGAUAUCAAUGCCAGCAGUGGCCGCUCUCAUUUUAGCUUAAGCACUGUUAGUCAGAGAAUAGAAUAGAAUGCCUUUAUUGAAAGGCAUUCAGGUGUAUCUGGUCCAUGAUUCUAUGUCUUAACAUCUUAAUCCCAGUAACAUAGUUUAAUUUUGGGGAAUUUACCAACAUUCACUAAAACUGAUGAAGCCUAUUGAGUGAUGAAAUGUCUUAUAGUAUACAUGGAUGUGUAAUAUUAUUUUGAAAUGGAACAAUGUCACUUCUCAGAUUCUCCAAAGAUUGUUUAUGAGCAAGUUUUAAACAGUAAAAUAAUUAGCGAGCACACUAACCUUAUGCCCAGGUCAGACGGCAGAAAGACGCAGGCUGCGAUCAGUCGGAUGGCAACUGAUCGCAGGUGGACGCAGGCGUUUUGCGUCAAAUCCUUCGUUGUGGUCAGACAUAUUGCAAGACGCAAAGUUUUUAAGCUGAAUCAACCAGUUGGAAGCAGAUGCAACUAGACACAGGUUAACGCAGCGCGCAGAAAACCUUUAAAAAAUAUAAGGCCAUAAGACUGCUCGCAGGUUGUUGUAAACUAUUUGCAGGUGCAGUCUGCGUGUACCUGCGAUGCAUCGCAGCCAUCUCUAAAGACUUGUCUUCCCCUGCAUCAGCCUGCAUCUAGCUGCCAUUAUCUGCUUCAACCUGUGAUUGAUCGCUCAAGCGUUGCACAACCACCUGCCUCUACAUGCGUCAAUCUGCUAUUUGCACUGAUUGGAAGUGAAUCGCAGCUGAAAUGCGAACAUAUCGUGAUCCAUUUGCAUCAACCUGCCUCUACUAAAGACCCUCUGCAACACUGCCAUUAUCUGCAUCGUCGUGCGUCGACGCAAGACCAGUCUUGUAUCUACCUGCAAUUUUGUUAUCGCAGGUAGACGCAAGUAGUUGAAAACUAGUUGCAGCCUGCCGUCUGACCUGGGCAUUACGUUCACACUAGAAAGCAACAUAGUGACAUGCAGCCAUUCAUUUUUGGGUGACGCAAGGCGCGUGAUUUCGGCAAAAUAGCUCAUUGACUCAAAUGAUUCCUCUGACCAAUCCUAAGACACAUCUGAGCUGACUUUUAGUCAGUUCCCCUCUCACAACUUCAGUUUCUACCUGAAAUUAGUUCAUGUUUACAGUUUCCAAUGCCUAAAUGGACAAUAGACUCUUAUUACUAGGGCGUAUGACCUCUCAUUAAAUGUGUAGACAUACUGCUAAGAAAAAUAAAGCGUGGGAGGAAGAGCUCAUUGAAGCCUCUGAUGUGUAUGGAGUGCUUGUGGCUACAUUUGGCUUGUUUGUUAAUCUAGCAUGUAAUAUUUAAUCAAAGAACCAUUUAUUAUAUUGAUAGUGCAUUAUGUAAUCCAUUAGUUAGCUUUAGAAGAUAUAUACAGCUUCCAUUCCUCACUGGAACUAAAAAAAGUAACAGAGGGUGCAUUACUUACUAGUGUAAGGUAUUACAGUAUCUGCUGGAAAAGUCUGUUUUGAUCUGGUGUUUUCUGAAUCCAAAGAUCUUAGUUUUCUGUGUCAUAUGCUAUCAUAGUAAGUUGUUAUAGCAAGAUAUUAAGGUGUUAAAGGGUAAGUUCUUACAGCAAAUGUCAAAGACAGCUCCUUAGGUCUGACCUCAUAUUCACACUUACACCAGAGAAUUAAGAUAAUCGUAGGAUGGGAAUGGUAUUAAUGAUCUCCGUCAAAAGGAUACCAAAUGUUCACAUAUUGGUAAUAAUUCCUACUCAAGAUACAUACGCUCAGUGCCCACUUUAAUAGGAACAUCCGUACACCUGCUCAUUUAUGCAGUUAUCCAAUCAGCCAAUCAUGUGGCAGCAGAACAAUGCAUAAAAUCAUGCAGAUACUGGUCAAGAGCUUCAGUUAAUAAUCACAUCAUAUAUCUGAAUGUGGGAAAAAGUGUGAUCUCUGUGACUUUAACCAUAGCAUGAUUGUUGUUGCCAGAUGGGUGGGUUUGAGUAUUUCAGACACUAUUGAUCAUAUGGGUUUUUCACAUGCAACAGUCUUGAGUUUACACAGAAUGGUGUAAACAAACAAACAAAUAAAUAAAUAAAUUCAACUGGUGUGUGGACGGUCCACAGGCUGAAACACCCUAUUGAUGAGAGAGAACAGAGGAGACUGAAUAGACUGGUCUGAGCUGACAGAAAAUCUAUAAUAACUCAAAUAAGUACUCUGUAUACCAGUCAGACUCCGGCAGGUGUAGAAAACAUUCUCUAAUUACCUCCAGCAGCAGAACAAGCAAAACCAUACAAAAUACACUGCAUAUAGUUCUUGUAAUACAACCGUUGGCCAAAACAUUCAACUCUCGCCGUUUCCCUUCGAGAGUCCCCUUCUCGCAUGUGCACAACACUCAACACAGUCUAGCCAAAACUGCCCACUAGUGGUUAAACCAGAUUACACAAAACAAAAACAGUACAAUAACCGUAUGAACAGUGAAAGUAACUUAAUAGCAGUGUUUUAAGCCAAACUCCUUUCAAGGUGCUACAUGUACAGUCCUGGUGAGCAGAAAAGCAUCUCAGAAUGCACAUCAAACCUUGAGGUGGAUGGGCUACAACAGCAGAAGACCACAUCAGAUUCCACUCCUGUCAGCUAAGAACAAGAAGAAUCUGAGGCUAUUACGGGCACAGACUCACUGAAACUGGACAGUUGAAGACCAGAUAAUCCCCCCCUACACACACAAAAUGUUCAAAUAACUAAUUUUGGUGAGUCUGUGCCCAUGAUAGUCUCUGAUUCUUGGUCUUUGUUGACAGGCAUCGAAUCCAGUCUGGCCUACUGCUGUUGUAGACCAUCCACCUCAAGGGCCAAUGUUUUGUGCUUAUUGAGAUGCUUUUCUGCUCACCACAUUUUUAAAGAGUGAUUGUGUUACUGUAUCCUUCCUGACACCUUAAACCAGUCUUGUCAUUCUCCUCUGAUCUCUCUCAUCAACAGUGUUUCAGCCUGCAGAUCCUCCACUCUCAGGAUGUUUUUUUUUUUUGUCACACCAUUCUAUCUAAAAUCUAGAGACUGUUGUGUGUGAUAAUCCCAUAUGAUCAACAGUGCCUGAAAUACUGACACCAGCCAUGAAAUAGUUAAAGUUGUAGAGUUUCCACUUUUUCUUCAUUCUGAUGUGACCAUUAACUGAAGCUUUUGGCCUGUAUCUGCAUUGAUUUUAUGUAUUGUGCUGCUGCCACAUGAUUUGACCGAAUGGAUAACUGUUAAAGUGACUGGUCGGUGUAUAUUGUAAAGAUUUUUAGAUGUUCUGGGUUCAGCCUGAGGCAGUUGGAUCAACUGUGCGCUUCACUAUUGCAUUUACUGGAAAAAAUAAAGGACUGUUUUCUUCCUUUA